AUGCCCAUCCACAUCUGCCCUGCGACAACUGCACUCGCGCCGCAUCUCGCCAGCAUACACGUCUCGGCUUUCUCUUCCAAUCACCUUAUGCGCAAUAUUUACCCCACAGCAGCGAUCUGGGCAGCGUUUGAACGCGCCGUGGAAGAGAAAGUGAUUGCCGAUAUAUUGGACGAGAGGACGAGUGUGGUGGUUGCAAGGUGGGUAGAAGAGAAUGAAGAAAUGCAAAUACAAGGCAAAAGCGGAGAUAUCCGAGGAAACGGGCAUGAGGGAGAAAUAGCGGGGUUUGCAGUGUGGUGUCAUCCCUCUCCGAAGGAAGCUGAAGAGACCGGGACAUAUACAGCACCACGCUGGAAUCUACCUCCAGGAACGGAUUGGGGUAUUUUAAAUCCGUGGAAGAAUGCUGCGGCGAGAGUUGCGGACAGCGUCAUUGGGGGUAAUCUGCACUAUGAACUCUCCUGGAUCGCCGUAUCACCGAUCUAUGCUCGUCGAGGCGUGGGCAGAAUGCUACUUCGUUGGGGCCUUGACCAAUGUGAUCAGCAAGGGAUACCUGCAUAUCUGGAGAGCACUACAGAGGCUGCAAAGACGUUUUACGCAAAGGCUGGAUUCAAAGAAAAAGGGAGAAUUCAAUUGAUGGUAAAGGGCGAGUUGUACGAAGAGGUUGCUUGUCUGUAUACGCCUAGGACUAGGGAAGAUAAGGAAGACUGA